AUGGCUACUGCUAAGAAACCAGCAUUGGUGACAUCUGAUUUCGAAGUAUUUGGAAAGGUACAGGGUGUUUUUUUCCGCAAACACACCCAGAAAAAGGCUACCGAACUCGGUCUGAAAGGCUGGGUGAUGAAUACAUCUCAAGGCACCGUUAUCGGCCAGAUGCAAGGAUCCCAAAUAGCAAUAGACGGAAUGAAAGUAUGGCUCCAGAAAACCGGCAGCCCCAAAUCAAGAAUCGAGAAAGCGGAUUUUAGGAAUGAAGGCCCUAUUAACACCUGUGCGUUCCGGAAUUUCGAAAUACGAAGAUAA